AUGGCGGUCGGCGAUCUGUUCAGGUACGCGGCACGCGCGUUUUUCUCUAAAACGACGCCCACGCCGGAGAAGCAGCUGCUACGCAUCGCGAAGCAGCACGUCAUCCGCCGCGUCGUCGAGGUCGGCAUCGACUCGGUCGAUUCGACGGCACAACUCCUCGACGUCCUCGUCAAACAGGCGAAGGACGCCCCGGUAAAGUACACGGCGCUCGACCUAUUCGACGCCCGGCCGGAGGGGACGCCCGACGCGCCGUUGGUGGGCGUGUACCGGCGGUUCAUCGCCACCGGCGCCAAGGUGCGGCUGACGCCCGGCGACUUGGCGGCGUCACUCGCCGCCGAGGCCAAUAGCUUGUCGGACACCGACCUCCUGUUGCUGUCGGGGGACGCCACCGACGAGGCCCUGGCGCAUGCCUGGUUCUAUGUGCCGCGAAUGUGUCACCCCGGGACUUUGGUCCUCCGCCGCACUGAGGGCGAGACGGCCGACGCCGCCGGCGAGUGGCAGACGAUCCCGCUUACGGAGGUCUCCGCCCGGGCUGCAACCCGGACGAACGGACCUCGGCGGGGACCGGCCAGAUCGGGAGCCGCGGUAGUGAUCGGAAGCAGUAUCGAGAACGCAGAGACCGUCGCCGCCCCCAUCAGCAUGCUGUCGGCGAUCCGGGAGGACUCCGCAACCGCAGGAGCCGCCACGGGCGCGAAGGAGUCGGGAUCGAGAGGUUCUGGCGCCAUCAGCGCUGCCGCCCGGGGACUGGUGCGGCUGGUCGAAGGGGGCAGCGUCCACCUCAGCAGCGAGACCCGUGGCAUCUUGCAACGCCGGCUGUUGCUCGCCUCGGCCCUCUUGGCGACCGGCUACGCGGCGUUUCUCAUCCGGGGUUUGUUCUACUGGGAGCACACCUACGGCGUUGCCGGUAGCCACAUGUUCUGGGUGCACAGCGCGGCGACGGUGCUCACCGGGUCGAUCGCCGGCUGGCUGUGGAAGGCGCAGUCGCUGACGCUCACUCCGCUCCGGAUCGCUGAGUGGGCGAUCUUCGGCGGCGCCGCGGUCUUCUUCCUUUUCGUGACUCAGAAUCGGAUCGAUCACUCGGCGAAACUCGAGGAGGGCGCCCACCUGCCGAACGUCGUGGCGCCGUGGCUGCUGCUGCUGUUCACUUACGCUCUGUUCGUCCCGAACAGCUGGCGGAGAGCCUUGCGAUUCCUCGCGCCGGCGGCCUUCGCGCCGAUCGCGGUCAUCCUCUUCCAGAAGGCGCUUUGCCCGGCGUUCCAGGAUUGCUACGUCCACGGCGCCUACAGCGACUACAUCACCGAGCAUGCGUUGGAGAUGCUCUUUGCGCUGGCGAUCGCGGUCGUCGGCGUCCACACGAUCAAUACGCUGCGGCACGAGGCGUUCGCCGCCAAACAACUCGGGCAGUACCGGCUCAAGCAGAAGCUUGGCUCGGGCGGCAUGGGCGAGGUCUAUCUGGCCGAGCACCAAAUGAUGAAGCGCCCCUGCGCGAUCAAGGUGAUCCGCCCCGACAAGGCGGGCGACCGCCGCAAUCUGGCCCGCUUCGAGCGCGAGGUCCGCUCGACCGCCAAGCUGUCGCAUUGGAACUCGAUUGAUAUCUUCGACUACGGCAGCACGCCCGAUGGGACGUUCUAUUACGUCAUGGAGUAUCUGCCGGGGCACAACCUGGGCGAAUUGGUGGACCUUGAAGGAGCGCUGCCCCCGUCGCGGGUCGUUUACCUCAUGGACCAGGUUUGUCGCGCGUUGUCGGAGGCCCACGGCAUCGGCCUGGUGCACCGCGACAUCAAGCCGGCGAACAUCUUCUGCUCGUACCGCGGCGGUGAGUUCGACGUCGCUAAACUACUCGACUUCGGCCUAGCGAAGCCAACAGUCGCUGUCGAAGGGGACGGCGCCAGCGCGUUCCUCACGCAAGAAGGAGCGCUGACCGGCUCGCCGAUGUUUAUGUCGCCGGAGCAAGCGACAGCCGAACGGGAGGCCGACGUCCGCAGCGACAUCUACUCGCUGGGCUGCGUGCUCUACUACCUGCUAACGGGUAAGUCGCCGUUCCCGUACGAGCAGGUGGUGAAGGUAAUCAUCGCCCACGCCUCGGAGGAAGUCCUCCCGCCCCGGCAGCACAACCCGCUGCUGCCGAUCGAGCUAGAGGACAUCGUGUUGCGGUGCUUGGAGAAAGACCCCGAACACCGCUUCCAGACGGUGGACGAACUCCGCCGGGCCUUGAUGGACGUGCAGUUUGAGGACGGCUGGUCCCCCGAACGCGCCGCCGAGUGGUGGAACUGCAAAGCGUGCCCCCAACGCAAGGCGAUGGCCGCCGCCGCGAUUGAAGCCGCCGCCGUGUGA